AUGGUCCUGCAGCACUCGCCGAUCGCGGUCCUCGGCCUGAUCAUGGUCGGGGUCAGCCUCAUUGUGGCGCUCUUGUCGGCGCCCUUCUCCCUCAAGCACACUCCGGCCGAGCGCGUCGACCCGCUGGUGGACUCGGACGCCCUGUCGGCCGGGACCCCGCUGGCGGCCAUCCUCUGCUAUGUGGCCAUUUUUGCCACGCUCCUGGUCGACUGGUCGGCCUUGACACUCAUCUGGAACCGGCGCCGGGAUUUCGCGCCCUUCCGCGCGCGGCAAUUGACCCCGGUCACCUGGGGUCUGGUGGGUGCGAGGCCCGUCGCGGGGUUUUCCCCAUUCCUGGCGGCGGCCGCGCCGGCGGCGAUCCGCCUGCCCCUGGGCCUGAUGACUGUCCCCCUUCACCCGGACCGCAUCCCAUUCACCUGGGGAACCAUGGUGGUUCUCGGCAUCAUGAUGACCUUCCAGGUGUUUCCCUAUCCCGGACCGUGGUUCUUCAUGGUCCAGUAUGCGAUCGGCUACGGGACCCUGGUGACGAGCUACUUCUUCCGCAUGUGGCGGAUUUACACCAUUUUCCGCCUCAAGGAGCGCGUGCACCUCGGGCACAUCCUCUGGGCGCCGGUUCUUUACUGGCUGCCGAUCCCGAUUGUCACCGGCGUGGCCAGCGUCAUGCAUCUCAAUGGGCCGGAUGUUGUGAAUGGCUACGAAAUGUGCUACCAAUAUGGCCCGGCCUACAAGAUGAUCUACCUCGGGUCGAUCAUCUUCCACACGGUUCCACACAUCACGGUGGCAUACCUGACCCGGCGCCUGUAUGAGCAGCAGUACACGCGCUUUGACUUGGACGCCGGUCGGGCCGGGGCCGGCGCGGGGCCCGGCGACGAGGCGCCCCCCCGGCGGCGGCUGCUCCUCCGCACCGACCCGGACACCGGCGCCAAGAGCCUGCUGGCCACGGCCUGGCACCGGACCGGGCGCUGGUUCGCCGAGUUCCUCGGGGCCUGGUGCUCCUGCUUCUCCUCGCCCUCCGACGGCCGGGACUUCGAGCAGCAGCAGCAGUACUUCCUGCCGCGCGAGUGCCCCAAUCGCUGGGCCAGCGGCCGGGGCUUCGGCCCGGACCCCCAUGCCGGCGGGACUGCCCCCUGCAGCAAGGCCGACUGCCUGUGCGGCCUGUCGCCCAGUGCCGAGGAUACGUCCGACACCGGGACCGCCACCGACACGGUGUGUCUCACGGCCACCAGCCUCACCGGGCGCCUGGGCGACACGCACAAUGCCCUGGCGGGGCCCCACGCGGAGGACGACCCGACCGGCGGCCGGGGCAGGCCCAAUGCCGGGGAGGCCAUCCCCCUGCGCGAGAUGACGGCCCCGGGCCCGGCCGGCCGGGGGGGGAACGGCCCGGCCGGCCGCACGGCCGACAAGCUCCCCACCGACAAGGCGGCCUGCCUGCCCGGCGGCCUGCUGGCCGGCGACCCGAGCAGCGACUUCUGCUCCUCGGACUCCACCAGCUCGGACGACCUUUCGGCCGGCGGCAGCGGCAGCAGCACCGGCGGCGACAAGGGCAGCCAGCAUCACCUCACCUCCUCCGGCCGGUCGCUGGACUGGUCGCAGGAUGACGAUCCGGCGGCCGCCUCGGCGCGGGCCCUGCUCCCGGCGCCGGGGCCCGGGGCGGCUCCCGGCACCGGGCCGCCGAGCCGGGCCGCCGCCGGCCCCCUCCCCGGGCAGCCCCUCUCGCCGGCGGCCCAGCUGCAAACCAAGCGCCGGUUCGAGCGCAAGCGCUCCGGCGUGUCGACCCUGGCCGACAUCGACACCUCCGAGGUGUAUGACCCGGCGGCGGUGGCCGUGUCGGCGGCGGAUCUCCUGCGCCAGGCCGGGGCCGCCGGCGUGCCGGCCUCGAUCGGGACCACCGCGCCCGGGGCCGCGGCGGCAGGUCCGGCCUUCGGCGCCGGCCCGGCCGCCGCCGGCCGCCCCUCGAGCCCGGUCAUCCGGGCCAGUGCCCCCCUGCCGCCGGAGUUGCGUGCCGCCGGCGGUCCGGGCCCGGGCGAUGUGCGUCUGCAUGCGCCGCCAGGCGCGGCGGUCAUCAACCUCCUCCACAUCCAGCAGCAGGGCUACUACUCGGCGUCCCCCCUGGCGGCGGGCGGCGGCAAUGGCGACGCCACGCCCGGCGCCGGGGAGGCAGCCCGCCCGGGGGACGCCGGCACCCCGGAGAAGCGCUCCCGCCGGGGGAGCCGCGCCAAUGCCCGUGCCGGUGGCGGCGGCGGCGGCGGCGGGGCGAAGGCCAGCACCCGCAGCCGAUCGUCCCGGCGCCGGCGCGGCCCGGCCCUGGCCUCGCACUUCCAGGAGUUCCGCGCCGUGGCCGGGCAGUCCUUCCUCCUGGCCCUGUGUUACAUGGGCAUCGCCGUGGUCAGCCUGGUGGGCAAGCACCACACCAACUGGGGCCGGGUGGUCAGCGCCCUGGUGGCCUCCUUCACGGCGCACAUCUCCUUCUGGGGCCCCCUUGGCUGGCCGUUCAUUGGCUUCCUGACCAACCGCGAAAAGUACCUGGCCAAGUUCUACGCCGACACCGGGUUCGCCGGGAUCCGGAGCAGCACCGGCGGGCCGCUCUCCCCCUCGGUCGGCAGCCCGAGCGGCGGGGCAGGCGCCUUCGGCAGCGGCCCGGCCUCGCCGAUGUCCUACUACUGUGGCACGCCGAUGCCGUUGACCCCGCGCACGCCCGGGGCCGGGGGGACCUCGGCGCCGGGGUGGGGCCCCGGCGGCGGCGGCGGCGGCGGCGGUCCCGCCGCUGCCAGCCUCGCCGGCUUCGAUGCCGCCAAACGCGAUUCCGUCAUGCUGGCCGCCGGGCCGGCGGGGGGCGGGGCGGGCCUCCCUUCGGGGCGCAUUCUCCAGCCGCCGGCCGGCGAGGCCCCCGCCGAGUGCGACUCCGAGCAGCGGCAGCAGCAGCAGCAGCAGCCGCACCCCCCUCCGUCUCAGCCCCAGCUGCCGGACCACCGGCCCGGGACCCCGAUCACUCCCGGUGCAUCCGCCGGCGGUGGCAGCAAAAUGGCCAUCCUGUCUAAGCUGGUUGGCGCGCCGUCGCGGCGUGGGAGCUCCUCCGGCGAGGCCGGGGGGCCGUCGUCCCGACACGGGACCUCGAUCGACAUGGCCGCCGAGACGGACCUCCCCUCGACGACCCCGCCAAGCCCGAUGGCCGGGCCCGGCCCCGGGGCCGGUGCCGGCGGCCUCCUCAGCCGGCUUUCACGUCGGCGCAAGAGCUCCCUCGCCGUGCCGGCCACCAUGCCACCGCAUGGGCGCAUGUCGGCCACCGAGGACCCGGAGGCGCAAGUGGACCUGGCCUCCGGCUCGAUGGCCUUCUACCACGACACCGGGGACCUGGUGUCCGAGGGGUCGCCCACCGAGGCGCUGCCCCCCCCGGCCGGGCCCGGCCUCGGGGCCAUCAUCACCUCCGGCCCGGGGGACGAUCGCCAGCAGCAGCAGCCGCCUUGCCGCCUGCCACGGCCGGGCUAUUCGGCCGCCACCAGCCGGGGGGGGGCUGCCACCGGCAACGGAGGCAUCAUCAUCGGCGACAGCUGCAGCGCCAGCGCCGACUGCGGCAGCAGCGGCGGCAGCAUUGCCUCCCUGAUAAGCCCCUUCACCAGCAGCGCUGGCAGCGCAACGUGUUCGUUGCACGAUUUCGGCACCUCCUCCGGUUCGGAGGACGACGACUCUUCCGCCUCCGACACGGCCUCCAACCAUUCGUGA